UCUUGUCUUCAUUUUUUAAAUCUCAUAUCAUGAAUGGAAAAGGUGCUCAAAAACAAGAAGACUUUGACCACAGAUACGCUUUGAAUGCCGCUAGAGAAGGAAACUUAGAUGCGCAGUUGUUCUUGGGCUCUUUUUAUCAAAAGUAUGGUACUCACCGCGAUUUUCAAAAGUCCUUAUAUUGGCUUAAACAAGCUGCCGUUGUCGACAACAGAGACAGUAAUGAAGUUCUUAAGUGUUAUAAAGCACACUAUUUGAUCGGACUUGUUUAUAAACGUGGACUUGGUGUUCCUGUCGAUCCUGAGUUGGCUUUGCGUUGGUUUGAAAGUUCUUCAAAUGGUAAUUAUGGAAUAGGUAGACUGGAAAAAGGUCUGAUGAUCUACUUCAGCGGAACAUUUGGCCUAAAGCAAGAAAAGGAGGGUCUAAGAUGGCUGCGAAAGUUAGCAAACAAGGGUAGUGCGUAUGCACAGGCUGAACUUGGUGUUCGUCUUUGUCAUGAUGGCUCAAAAUUUCAAGACUAUGAACAGGCAAUGACAUGGCUCCAAAAAGCGGUAGAUUAUAACGGUAAUACCAUUGCUCAAUGGGGAAUUGGAAACAUUUAUAAAAAUGGCUGGGGUGUUGAAAUCAAUUAUGCUGCUGCUAUCGAAUGGUACAAGAAGGCUGCAGAUUGUGAUGAGUCAAGAGCAGAGCAUGCGUUGGGAAAAAUGUACGCUGAAGGCAAAGGCGUAACACAAGACUGGGAAAAAGCCGUAUUCUGGUACAAAAAGGCUGUUGAAAAUGAUGGUUAUCUGGAGGCUCAGUAUGAUCUUUUACAAUGCUACUACAGAGGUCAAGGUGUUCGAAAAAACACACGUUUGGGUUUGGAGUUAAUUACACUUUUGGCGGAGCAAGGAAAUGGCGAUGCUAUUGAAGAAUUGAAACGAUUGAAACCAAACGGAAAUAUCGGUCAAACAGAUUCUAUGUUAUCUUCUUUAAAAAUUAGCAACCAAGAUGAUGAUGCCAAAUUAACCCAUGUAGAAGACCAUAGUAAUGACACUAUGUCCGAAACUGAAGAAGAAGAAGAGCCCAAGUUUUUCAACGUAGAUAACACACAAUCCAAGUUUUUCCAUGUAGAAAAUACACCAAACAAGUUUUUCCAUGUAGAAAAUACGUCGUCGUACUAG